UAUAUGGUGCUAAGUGGGAGUGCACACACCCAUGAAGUGUUUAGUAAUGUCAGAUCGCUGCAACAAGCCCAAGUCCAGUUUACCGAUGGGUGGGUGCAGGACCUUGAAAUGUGCAGAGUCGGACUGAAGACUGUUGUGCGCACGAAGGUAAGUCAACCUUUUUCUCAUGUAGAUGUUAUAAUUACUCUCAACAAAUCUGUAGAUGAAGGUUUCUAAUAAAAAUCUGUUUUUUCUGUGUGAUGUCAUUGCUAAAAAUAAGAGGUGAUUGUUUAAUGUGGAAGCUAAAUAUUUUUUGUUUGUCUCUAAACACUUUGUUUUAUAAGGUGAAUAUUCAGUUAGGUACUUAUUUUAGAAAUUAAUUUAAAAGCUUUUUAACUGGCUUGGAAUUUAGAUUUUUUUAUUUACAAGCUGAAAACACGGUAAACAACACAAAUACUCAGUUAGGAAGCAUUUGUUUACAUAUUUAGUUUGAAAGCUACAGAUUUAGCUCGUGUUAUACUUCUGUUAGGAAGGAGAUUGUUGCUUUUUCUAGUAAUGUUUAGUUGAAUAUGUAAUUUGCACAUUAUUUAGCUUAGGAAGCAAUAACUUCACUUGAAAAGGUGAAUAAAAAAUGGAACCUUAAGAAGGUAAAGAAUAAUUCUGGUAUUAAUCUUAAUCAUGAAUUGGUGUUGAAGAAGCAAAAAAAAAAAUUAUUCACAUAUCAAGUUUGCUAAUUAAAGACUUUGUUUUGGAGUCUUACACUUCAGUUAAGAAGGUAACUACCUUUUUGGGAAUCAGCAUUAAAUGUUUUCUAUGUAAAUGGCACAUUAUAUCUUUAAUUUUGGAAGGUGUACAGCCACUUUCACCCAUAACCAUUUAUGUUAGUUAAAAAAACCACGGACUACAGAGCUGUUUUGUGGCAACAGUGAACUUGUAACAGAUACACGUGCAUGACUUUUUCUUUAAGGUCAGAAAGAAACAAAAUAAGCUAUAGCUAAAAUCUUUGACAUGCUCAUGACUCAUUCAAGAACAAAGCUGUUCUCUGCUCUGUGAUGGAGGGAUUCUGUCACUUGUACGCAGACCCUGUCAACCCUCUCGUCCUGCCCAAAUCCCUUCUAUGUUUCCAUGAUGCAUACCUAAGGGAUUGUGAACUUUCUGUCCUUCUGCAGCAGUGCGAGCAACGGAAACGCUAUGUCACUGUGUCAGAAGCAGAGGCAGAGGCGCUGGAAGAGAAAACCAGGGACCAACAUAAAUUGAAGAUGUGCUACCCAAACAAAAUGUCACGUCCGCUGUCAGACAAUGAGCCGGAGCCAAUCAAAUGGGGGAAAGUGAAUGAGCAAACUGCAAGACUCUACUACACCUCACAGACGACGACGCUGCACAGAGGUCUGAAAGUGGAGAAGUGUGGUUUCAUCAUUAACCCCUCCUUCCCUGUACUAAGUGCCAUCCCGGAUGCCCUCGUCUACUGUGAGUGCUGUGGAAAAGGCUGCGUGGAAAUCAAGUGCCCGUACACACAUGACAACCACAACCUUCUGCAGGCCUGUGAGGAUGACACAUUCUGUUUCACCUUAACAGACGGGAUAGUGGAGUUAAAACAGACCCACAAGUACUUCAAACAAUUUCAAACACAGAUAUUUGUCACAAAGUCUGAGUUCUGUGACUUUGUUGUGUGGACGACCAAAGCCUGUGUGAAUUCAGGCCUUAGUAAAUUUUUAUACUUUCUCAGCGGCCUAGUGGAUGAGUGUCCACCCUGGGACUGGGAGAUCAGGGUUCAUAUCCCAGUCAGGUCACACCUAGACUUUAUAAUUGGAACCUAAUGCCUUUAAGGGGAGUAAACCACUAAACAACCACUGCUGCAGCUCACUGCUCUGCACAGAGAUGGGCCAAAUGUGGAGAUGUAAUUUCACUAGCGUGUGAUGAUAACUAAUGGAACUUUACCUUUACUGUCUUAUUUAAGGACACGUUCAAAGUUUAAUGGUGGCAGGAUCAGGAUAAAGAGAGACAUAUGUAGAAAAUCUGGUUAAAUGGCUUUUACAUCAUAAUUUAUCAAUGCCAUCCAACCGUCAUGGCUUGAUUUUGUGUAUGCAACAGAAACCCUUUCCAGAUAGACAUUCUGGAAUAUGUGUGGACAAUUCAGUCCGGUUUUUAACCAGAACUGUGUUUUCAGACACACCACUUUUCUACCUGAACUUGUCCUUUCGGCUGCCUUCACACAGCAGGGAAAAGUUCCAGAUGUCUGGGGGGGAGGGGGUGGGAAGGCUGUACCCGGAUAUUACGUAAACAUAGUGCGGCGGGCGUACAUGCGUCAUUUACCCAAACAAAGCUAUUCAGUCAAACAUGGCCGACGAAGAGAUAGCAUUCCUCUCACUGAUCGAACUUAUGUUAAACAUAAUUCUGCGCACACGAAGACGCAUGAGAGACCAGGAUGAUGAAGCUCAAUGGCUAAUAAAGGAAUCACGGAAGCUGUGUGAAGCACUCCAUCGCGCGUCUAGGAGACGGUACCGUAGGAGGCGAGCUGCCAUGGUUCGCUGCAUGCAAUAGGAGCGAGCUAUCUAGGUGCCCACAGCGACCCCCGGUCCCCUCCUCCCCCCUCCCUGUCCGGAACUCGACCUCACCAGUCUGAAGCAGCCACCUUGUCCGUGACAAGUCCGGUCCUGUUACUAGGGGCAUCGUCCGGUUUAAUUACGGAAAAUGUUAUCCGGAUGUUUGUAUUCAGACACAAAGGUCUUACGGACAGAGUCCCGAACAUUUCCGUUUUUCAUGGCCUGUCUGAAGGGGGCUAGAGAGAGAUAGAGACUGGUCAUGGUGCUGGUCUUGAUGAGCUGAAGGCAGUUCUACUCACUGACUACGUUUACAUGCAGCCAAUAUCCGGGUUAUGAUCGGGUUAAGGUCGGUAUUCGGGUUUCUGAGUUGAUCAGAAUAACUCAUUUACAAGCAUAAAUAGUAAGAGUUACCUCUAACUUGCAUAACUCGAUUUAAAUGCAGACGUUGGGGUAGCGUCAGGACGUAUGGACUACGUCAAGACGCAAUAUGCGAAUAUUUCGCUGUCUCUGUACUUUUGGCCACCAACAAAAGACAUAAUGUUCAUACUUUUCACCAGACCGAUGAAGACAGAGGUUUCCUCGUCACUCCAAAAGUGUGGUGCUGUGCCACGACCAUCGGCCGCGACUCGCCAUGUUGAUCCCAACUUGUUUACUUCCGGUGUCCUGGUGCAUCCAAGACGCCUCGCUACUCAAAAGACCAAGAUUCCUUGCGAGCAGAGCAUGCGCAGAACACACGCUUUGAUGGGAUAUCCCGGUAUGCGUUUACACGACCAAACAUUCGGGUUAGAAAAGAGUUACCCCAGGUGUAGUAACCGGGUUUUUAAAAACCCGGUUAUGAGCAUAUCCGGGGUUUUGGCUGUGUUUACAUGGCCGUGCGGAACCGGGUUAUUGUGAAUAUUCGAGUUUUAAAAGGGUUACUGGCUGCAUGUAAACCUGUAAACACACUCACUGAGUCAAGCUGUGCUUCACAAAUGAGAUGCUAAUUGUAUGCUAAUGUCAUGGUAAUCUGCCCGUGGUAUUCCUCCUCAGUGGUGAGCAGGGAAUGUGAGGCAUUUCGCUAUUGGUUGGAGACUGAGGAUGUCCUUAAAUCAGAGUUCGGAACAAGAAAAGGAAAA